GACAGUUUGGAGCAGAAGGACGCACUGAGGAGCAGCUCUGGGUGUCCACCUCUUCCUCUACUCUUUUAUCGCUCCACUUGCAGCUGUUAUCAUUUCAGGGUUUUCUUUUUUUUUUUUUUUUUUCAUUUGCGACAUGGGCUCCGUGCUACCCGCCGACGCUUUGGCUCUCAAGUCUGGAUUUAAGUGUCCGAGCCGCUCGCUGUCAGACGUGAUCACCUCGGACAUCCUGCACAGCUUCCUGUACGGCAGGUGGAGGAACGUGCUGGGCGAACACCUGGCGGAGGAGCGCCAGAGCGGCAGCAGCCCCAAGACCGCCUUCACCGCCGAGGUGCUGGCUCAGUCCUUCGCCGGAGAGGUGCAGAAGCUGUCCAGCCUGGUGCUGCCCAGCGAAGUGAUCAUCGCUCAGAGCUCGGUCCCUGGAGAAGGACUGGGCAUCUUCUCAAAGACCUGGAUCAAAGCAGGAACCGAGAUGGGCCCUUUCACAGGCAGAGUCCUGUCCCCUGAACACGUGGACCUGCUCAAGAAUAACAACCUCAUGUGGGAGGUGUUCAAUGAAGACGGCACGGUGCGCUACUUCAUCGAUGCCAGCCAGGAGGACCAACGCAGCUGGAUGACUUACAUAAAGUGCGCCCGGAACGAGCAGGAGCAAAACCUGGAGGUGGUGCAGAUCGGCAGCAGCAUCUUCUACAAGGCGGUGGAGACCAUCCCACCAGACCAGGAGCUUCUUGUCUGGUAUGGAAACACCCACAACACAUUCCUGGGAAUCCCUGGAGUUCCGGGAAUAGAUGAAGAACACCUGAAGAAAAGCAGGAAUGAAACAAAACAUGCAGCUACACAUCAGCAGCCCCCAUUUGAGACCAACUUAAUCUCAUCUCCCUCCUCUUUGUUUCGUCUCCCAGAUGACCCCCACCCCUGUGACGGCCCUUCCUCUUGCUCCCCACCCGCCUCCACCACCACAGCCGGUCGGAUGCGCUGCGUCAUCUGCCACCGCGGCUUCAACUCCCGCAGCAACCUGCGCUCCCACAUGCGCAUCCACACUCUGGACAAGCCCUUCGUCUGCCGCUUCUGCAACCGCCGUUUCAGCCAGUCGUCCACGCUCCGAAACCACGUGCGCCUGCACACCGGCGAGCGGCCCUACAAGUGUCACGUCUGUCAGAGCGCCUACUCCCAGCUGGCGGGCCUGAGGGCGCACCAGAAGAGCGCGCGGCACAAACCGGUGGCGCACGCCGCCGACGUGUCAUCCAAAGUGUCCCCUCCUCCCCCACAGAUGGCGGCCAUGUCCCACCAGCACCAGAGGACCCUGGUGCACCACAUCCCCACCAUGGUGCUAUGAUGACAGAAACACGGAGGGACAGUCACGCUGAACAACGUUGCACUUUAGAUUAUAGCUGUAGUGGAGAAGUAAAGCAGAUGACACAGGCCGUCACUGAGGAAAUACAUGGGCUGAUGUCACAGUAAAGCAUCUCACAAAAACAAUUGAAUACGUUGCCUUAUUUUUAUUGCUUGUUUCCUUGUGAUCAAAAUUCCAGCAGAAAUAUGUUUUAAUGAUUGUCUGUAUUUUGGAAAGCUGAAAUAGCCUAUGCUAAAAAACGAUUAAAGAUUAUACAAAUAAGUUGUUAUUAUCUGUGUAAUCUUUGAACCAAGUGUCAUAUAUAUCACUAUAAAUGUGAAACAAAACAGAUGUUUUCUACAUUUUUACAGUGUUUAUUUUGCAUCACAUCAGGUCAGAGAUGUGUACAGUAAGUAGAAACUAAGGGACGUGACCACCAGUGUACAUUGUUACAGCUGCAUCCUUCCACACUGUAAACUGAAAUUGUCACUUUAACAUUGCACAUACCGUAUGCUAUACUGUUGUGUAAUUGUAAAAUUGUA